GCCUUGACGCGUCUAUACAGAGGUCAGAGGUUACAGCUUCUAGUCAACAAACAUGGCGUGCACGUUGAAGGGAGAAUUGAAAUGUAAAGAUGGGAGAACGACUAAGUUCACAGUGGAGGCUGAGAAUAAUCUAAAAUCCAUCAUCGAGGGAGUGAAGAAGAUAAACUCGGAGAUUUCGGUGGUUUUAACGGAGCUCGUGGAAGAAGACAGAGGUUUAAACGCGGACAGAGGAGAGUGUCUCGCGCACGCUGAUGAUGAUGAAGAGGAGGAAGAUGAUGAGGAGGACGAGGAGGAGGGUGAUGAAGGCGCCACUAAAGAAACCACUGCAGUUAAAUUAAAGUGUGAACCUCCAGCGAAGCGUCUGAAGACCAUCACACCGUCCUGAGCUCCACGUCUCUGAACCUUUUCUAAAACUCAGCAGGAUUUUUAGCUCCUGGGAAAUGAAGCUUCAGUUAAGACACGAAAAAGGUGUAAAAACAGUGUAAAGGGAAGUUUAUUGGAGACCGAGCAACACUUUUCCUCUAAAUAAGAUGAAUAAAAUAAAAAAUACAAUACCGAUAUUUUUUAAUAAAGAUGUUAAAAUGUUAUAA